AUGGUUCAGUUGGGCCACAAGAUCAAGAGGACUGCCUCGGCAAAGUCACUGGGUUCAGUGCCAACCGCCGAGGACGAAGACCCCGCUCGGAACUUUCUGAUGUCCACGGCCAGGAAGAGUCUGCAAAGUGCAUUCGAGGGUGCUGGUGAACCUGAGAAAGACAAGGGCAAGGACAAGAAAGAGAAGAAGCAGUCUAAGAAGGACAAGAAAAAGAAAAAGAAGCAGACCAGCAGUUCUUCGGAUGACGACACAGGUGAUAGCAGCGAGUCCGUGCAGUGUGACGACCAAGCAGAUGCUUUGUCUGCUUUUGGCCUUUGCAAGAAAGACCUCGUCCGUGGUGAGAACAUGUUGCGAUGGGAUGACUUGAGCUGUCGCCCCUUUGCAUAUGUCUUGUCGUGCAUCACAGAGCAGCUGACAGCCGGAGACGUGUUCGAGCUGGGGGGCGAGCUUGAGCCUCUGCAUGCAUUUGUCAGACGACUGCCCUGCUUUGUACACUCACCCUCAUGUUGA